GGGGGCGAGCGACCGCACGAACGCGCCGCGCACCGCUCUGCUCCACAACCCCCUUAUUCUAAUUUACGUCACUUGUCUGUCAAAACUCAGUCGAACAAAUAAGCCCACGGACCUAGUUAAUUAGACGCGUCCCCAGAUGGAAGUUUUCAUAAAAUUAAUUCAUAAACACUACGGACUAUGAAGUGAUUAAGUUAACCGCUUUUUUGUGCGAGUUUCAAGAACUGGAAAACUUUUUGAAGGACUUCGUGAUACUGUUUCACUGGAUGUUUGUAGGUUCAAUGGAAAGUGGGAUUGACAUAAAAUGUGUGUGAUUGUGCGUCGUAGGCUCGUGAUCGCGUGAUAUUGUGCGAGCGAGUGACUGUACUGUGAACUGUGGUGCACUAUAAACUAAGAAGGAUUGUAGUGGUUAGUGAACUCCGGAUACGGAACAUCAGGUGUUAUGGAGGUCGUACCAUCAAGUGGAAGCCGCAUCCUCGUGGCGUUCUUUGCUACCGUUUUCUGGGGAAUGGGUGUUCGAGGUCUUCACAACUUAGAGAUCAACGUUCCAAACGCAGUGCUAGUAGGAGAAACUGUAACUUUAGAAUGUAGCUGGCAACUAGAAGAUGAAGAGGCUCUAUACAGUGUGAAAUGGUACAGAGGACGAGAGGAGUUCUACCGGUACAUUCCAAAAGAGUUGCCACAUACCAGAGUGUUCCCACUGCCAGGAAUUGAAGUAGAUAUAUCUCGUUCAGGCGCCCGGCGGGUGGUGUUACAGCAAGCGACGCCGGCGAUGGCGGGGCGGUUCCGAUGCGAGGUGUCGGCCGACGCGCCUACCUUCCAUACAGAAAUACGAUCAGCACCCUUAGAAGUCGUUGAGGCUCCUGAGUGGGGACCUAAGCUGGUAUCGGACCGGUCAUGGUACGGCGUGGGGUCCACGCUGCGAGCAACGUGCGCCUCGCCGCCCGGCCAUCCACCAGCCAACCUGACCUUCGCACUAAAUGGACGAGAGAUCGACAUGGAAUCUUUCUUCCACGAAUUGCCGCCGUGGUUCAAAUGGGAUCCGCCGCCGAAGGCUGAGACCACGACAACGGAGAUGCCAGACGACGAUGUGAAUUUCAAUAUAUUUCACGACGAAGGAAACAUACAGUAUUUAGACGAGUCGUACAUAAAUCUGCAUAAAGAGGAGAUAAGGAGGCCUUCGAAGGAGAGCCUGAAGCCGGCGUUCGAGAGGACGGGUCCAGAUAACAGGCUGCCUUCGGUGGGGGAGGUGUCUUUCGUGGUUCGGAACGAGGCGUUCGAGCGUGGCAGUCUCCGGCUGACCUGCAUAGCGAGCAUAUACAACCUGUACGCGGCACGCGCCGAACUAAUUUUCGAUAUGGAGCAACCAGAGGUUGCGUCCGUGCUCGGCGUCCGUAAUAGCGCAGUAGAUUCAACAUGCCGUAGUCUUUAUCGAAUAGUCACCACCCUUAUCCCGCUGUUGUACAGCGUCCGGUAGUUCGUUCAACAAAUCAUAUUAAUUAAGUACAAAAUUAUUUUUAAGUAAUCGCUCUUCGUGUACAAUCUCUCAUUAUGUACAAAUUCAUUGAACAUAUCCUAUUUCAUGAAUUUAUUAUUUCAUUAAACCAUGAUGACUUCCAAGUAAGUAUCCAAAGAUAGUGAUGUGACUAUCAUGUGUUUUAUGUUAUGUUUAAAAUUAUAAUAUUUGUUCAUAUUCCCCUUAGUCAUAGGUCGAACAGGCCAAACAUAGAUUUAAUAAACUGAAUUAAUCUGAAGAUAAGAUUAGAUGAAUUAAAUGAUGAAUUAUAGUAGAAGUUGUCUUAAAUAAGAAAAGCCAACUGUUACCUUACUAUACCUAAAUUAUAUUUUAUAUUAAUGGUUUUGAUGACACAUCUCAACGUUUAGUUAUUUAUCAAAACCAAGACAAGACGUUUUUACCUGUAAAUAUUAUCAUACUGUGAAUAGAAAAAAUCUGGUGUUUUAAUAAAAUUAUCUUCAAGACGUAAAACGUUUCCGCUGUCACGGACUAAAACUAUUUGUAAAUAAUAAUGUGAUAGCUAAUAAUUAAAAUUACUUAUAAUAGAAAAUCUGUUUCGAACUAUGUAAUACCUAUGUGAAACUUAUCUUCCAUACUUACAAAGUAUCAACGGUAUAUUAAUUAUAAAGAAAAUUUAAUUUCAUUAUAAGUUGGGGCAUAUUUUUUACCCUUGACAAAGACUGAUGAGUAAAGAUUAAAGCGAGGGAGAUACAUGUCAUGUGGUUCUGUUCUCUGUAUAUAAAAUUGUUUUCUACUGAAAUCUCUACCGUUUUAUUGUUAAAAAUAUAAUAAUUUUAUCGAAAAUCUCCAUUAUUUAUGAAAAUGGAGAUUACUAUCACUUUUUAAAGAAAUUUAAAUUUCGGACGUGUCAAUAAGAUUAGCUAUCUGUUACUAAAUAUUUGUAAAUAAAUAGUAAUACUGUCUAAAAACUAUGUAAAUGAAUAUGAAUGAAUAGAAUAAAGGAAUAUGUUGGAUUUGUCUAA